CAUUGUAAACGUCAGAUGACCUUUGGCACGGUUCUUUGUAGCACUGAAUAGACAGCAGCUACAAGGGUCCAAGAUGAACAGAGCGUUUAACAAAACAACUGUGAGACAUUUGAGUGGUCUCCUCAAAAGGUUUCAAAGCACCUUGGUGGUUGCAGAGCACAACAAUGAAAAGCUGACCCCUAUUACACUCAAUGCAAUCACUGCUGCUAGUAAGCUGGGUGGUGAGGUGUCUUGUCUGGUUGCCGGAGUAAACUGUUCAAAGGUUGUGGAACAAAUCAGUAAAGUACAGGGUGUGAAGAAAGUUUUAGUGGCCCAACAUGAUUGUUACAAAGGUGCCCUGCCUGAGGAGUUGACUCCACUUAUCUUGGCAACACAAAAGCAAUUCAACUUCACCCACAUCUGUGCUGGUGCGUCUGCAUUUGGAAAGAACCUGCUUCCCAGAGUGGCUGCCAAGUUGGAUGUUGCCCCAGUUUCGGAUAUUAUUGAGAUCAAGUCUCCAGACGUGUUUGUGAGAACCAUUUAUGCAGGAAAUGCUCUCAGCACUGUGAAAUGUAAUGAGCCAAUCAAGGUCUUCACUGUCAGAGGGACAUCCUUUGAAGCAGCUCCAACACAGGGAGGAAGUGCCACAUCAGAAAAUGCGGCUGCUCCUUCUCCCGCUGGAAUUUCGGAGUGGCUGGAACAGAGUCUAACAAAGAGCGACCGUCCAGAUCUGACGAGCGCUAAGGUUGUGGUGUCUGGAGGUAGGGGGUUGAAGAGUGGAGAAAACUUCAAGUUGCUUUAUGACCUUGCUGACAAACUGAAUGCUGCAGUUGGUGCAUCCAGAGCUGCGGUGGAUGCUGGGUACGUCCCAAAUGACAUGCAGGUUGGACAGACUGGCAAAAUUGUAGCACCAGAGUUGUACAUUGCUGUUGGUAUCUCUGGAGCUAUUCAGCACCUGGCUGGAAUGAAAGAUAGCAAGACUAUUGUAGCUAUCAACAAAGACCCAGAGGCUCCCAUUUUCCAGGUGGCUGACUAUGGCAUUGUUGCUGAUCUUUUCAAGGUUGUUCCUGAGAUGACUGAAGCACUGAGCAAAUGAGGAGAAACUCUCUCUCACCAAGCUUCUGUCACAGAACCUGGAAACCACAGUAGGAAGAAUUCAGAGCAGUCACAGUAACCCGCAUUCAUUGCCUUAAAGGAUAAAGCUGUCAUUUUCUAUAUCAGCAGUAUUUUAAACAUUCCCCAUAUAGACACUAAAACCAACAAUGCUUUGCCUCUACUCAUAAUUAAUAUCUGUCAAACUAUUGGUCCUGGAUUAGCUUGUUCCUCUGCACCAUAGUAGGCCUCCAUGGUUGUUUAAAAACACAUGGGGAGAAACACCAGACCCUGAUAUUUUUAAAAAUUGUUCCAAAGGGUCCGAAUGGCUGUAACCCAUGUCAAGAACCCAUGCACAAGAUCUUUGAAUAUCCUUAAUAUUAAGGUCUUGUGCUUUGUAGUGAGGAAAUAUGUCUCCCAGUGCAGUGGUGUGCUUCCCUGAUGUUUUUGAACAACAGUGGAGGUCUAUGGCACAGAGCAGCAAGAUAAUCCA